AUGGAAAGGAGACAAGACUUGUUAGAUGCCCACGACAUGCAGAACAUGUUCAGUGAGGUGUGCAUUCAUCUUCGGAGACAGGACUCAGAUACUCCUUGGGGGUUUCGUCUCAAAGAGUUAUCUUCUUCUUCUUCUUCCUCUUUUUCUUCCUCAACAUUUUUUUCGUCAUCUUUAUUAUCACCGGAAGCAGCAGCAGGAUCGUCAAAGUUGCUGACAUUUUUCUCAGCUUCCCUGUCAUCGCCUCGUUUGAUCAGUUACGUUUAUAAAAUUCAGCCGUUGAGCACCUCAGACAGCGCAGGCCUCAAAACUGACGACAUCAUCUUGAAGGUCAACGACAUCGAGGUCACCGAUAUGACGUGUAAUGACGUCAUGAACAUCAUCAAGGUUGAUGACCUACAAGUUUAUUUGACAGUCGCCAGGAACAUUGAAGAUCCCGUGACUGGCAGGUUCAUAUCGUUCGAUGACGAUGGCAACCAAAUUGUAACUACAGGCUAUCAACAUGAUUGCCAACAACAACAACAAUUCCAACCAGAACAACAACAACAACAAUUGGAAGAUUAUUUGCAACAAAGUGACGACUGCAAUUUUGAUCUCCAACGUAUGCAUCAGCAACAGCACUACAACAGUUACGGUCAUCAUCAAAUCCAAACUCAACAGCUUGACCAAGUGCAACAACAAUCCCAACAAAUUUCAAUCAGCGAAUCAACGAAUCAACCGAAUCAAACGAAUCAACACGAACUUUUGCAACCAGUGUUUCAAAAAGAAAUUGACGAUUUAGUACAAUUAGGACAACAACUAAAACAGCCACACGUUUUUUUAAAGCCACAACAAUCAGAACAAACGCUGAAUUAUUUCCAACCUCAUCUUGAACCACAAUCACUGCCACACUACCAACAACAGCCAACUAUAGAUGAAAUGUUGCUACCGAAAGAACAACACAAUCUACGAAGCCUGCAACAGCUCAACAUGCAACAUUAUUCGCCAGUUCAUCAUCAGCAUUCUGGUUAUCAAUCAAAAAACUACCUUCAACAUCACGAACACCAUCUUGCACAUCAUCAACAGCAACAACAACAUCAUGUCUCAUCCCAGCAACAAACACCAACAGAUCACAACUUGUUACUCACCUUACAAUGUUACGACUUGAAAGAUGACUUUCACCCACAACAACAAUACCAACAACAACAAUACCAAAAACAACAACAAUCUAACAUAGGGCAACACACCAUGAACAAUAACAUUGGCGAAAGUAAUAUCGAAAUCACUAACAAUGUUAGCCCUUUGAGCGCUAUACCGCUAUUUGUUUCAACGACAUGUAACAACAACAACAACAAUAUUAAAAACCACAUCAACAACAACAACAUCAGCAGCAACAACAUCAGCAACAACAUAACAAGCAACAACAACUUCAACUCUCCCAUCAAACAAUCAAAAGGAUUGUUGUGCCUGGAAAAUGCUCCAUGCUAUCCCAACAAUGAAUGCCACAUUGAACACCCUAACGACAAUUAUUUGACUAGCGACAACAACAACAACAACCCCUUUCUCAAAAACGACAAUUUCAGCAACAAAAUUAAUAUUCAUCACGGCAGUCUUCUUAAUAUUUUAACUAACAAUGAAGAUUUUGGACGAAUGGGAACUUGGAGCAUUGAAUGUUAUCCCUCAAACAGUAGCCUCAACAAAAACAACAACAACAUCACCCCCACCAACAACAACAACGACGAUAUUUUAAACAUUGACAACAUCAGUUUGGUUGAUGAUAAGUCAAAACAAGUUUUUCGAGGGAACUCCAAUUUAGCAAACAACACAACAGGUAACGAACAAAUGUUGAAUUGGAACGAUGACCAUUCCAAUCAAAUCAACAAUUACAACAACGCAUAUUAUGAGCUGUAUCAACAACAACAACAACAACUACAGCAACAACAACAUCCUCAUCAGCAGCAUUAUCAACAACAAUAUCAACAACAAUAUCAACAACAAUAUCAACAACAACAUCAACGUCAUCUGGAAAACUUUGACCGACAACAGCUUAGCCAUCCAGAUCAUUAUUUUCCCCACGAACAACAACCGCAACAACAACAUCAUCAACAACCACAACAACAACAACAUCAUCAACAUCAUCAACAACAACCGCCACAUCAACAUAACAAAACCCAUGUCUUGAACGAUAACAACAACGACAUCAUCAUCAUCAACAACAACAACAGUAAUAAUAACGAUGAAGAUGAUGUUAAUGAUGAUGAAAAUGAUGUUUAUGAUGAUACGGUUGAAAUUAAUGAUGAUGGCGACAUCAUAAGCACAGUAAUGUUAGAAUGGUACGCUGUUAGCAGCGGUGAAAUGAAAAAUAACAUCAACUGCUGCCAGCAAGACAGCAACAUGAACAGUGAAAAUUGCUACAAAAAUGUUCACACUAACGAGACUAGCAAUGACACCAACGUAUCCACCGACACUAACUUCAUCAACAACAACAUCAUCAACAACACAGACACUGGAAAAUUGUUUACACCAGAAAAUGACGACAUUAACAAUAACAUUAACAACAUCAUAGGCAGAAAUAUAAGAAACAUCAACAACAACAAUGAAAGCAAACUGCAUACAAGUGACUAUAUACAAAUCACGGACAACAACUACAUCAACCAGUAUAACAUUAAUGACAACAACAUCACAAAUUAUGUCAACAAUACGAAUGACAUCUAUUAUACAAUCGACGACACCAACAAGCUUUGUAACAUUAACAACACACCUGACAUCAAUAAUUCGUAUUACAAUAAUUCGUAUUACAAUAGAAACUUCAACAACAACACUAACACUCACAACAACAUUAACAAUAACGUGUUCAGCAUUGCCAGCUGCAACUAUAAUAUCAACUUUGAUGAAAUCAGCAACACCAUGCACAACAAUGUGGAUAGUAUCAAAAACAACAACACGUACAACAAUAUUGAUAGUAUCAGCGACAACAUGUGUAACAAUGUUGAUAGUACCAACAACAACAUGGCCAACAACACAAACAGUAUCAACAACAACGUUCACGACAACACUGAUUGUACCAACAACACCAUGUGCAACAAAUUUGAUAGUAUCAGCAACAGCAUGUACAACAAUGUUGAGAGUAUCAACAACACCAUGUACAACAAUGUUGAUAGUAUCAACAACAACACGUACAACAAUAUUGAUAGUAUCAGCGACAACAUGUGUAACAAUGUUGAUAGUACCAACAGCAACAUGGCCAACAACACAAACAGUAUCAACAACAACGUUCACGACAACACUGAUUGUACCAACAACACCAUGUGCAACAAAUUUGAUAGUAUCAGCAACAGCAUGUACAACAAUGUUGAGAGUAUCAACAACACCAUGUACAACAAUGUUGAUAGUAUCAGUGAAAACAAUGAAACCAACUCUAACAGUUUUUGUGCGGAACUGAGUUUUGAGGUCAGUGAUGAGGUACAACUCGUGAUGAAGAAUGAUGAGGACGAUGGUUGUGAUGAUGAUCGCGAAGAUGAUGGUGACGACAAUGAAAGAAAUAUUGAAAGAGAUCCUAAUCAUGAUUUCCGUCGCGUCAACAAACCCGACGCAGACAACGUUGUCGAUGUUGGCGACAACACAAAAAACAAGCAGGAUCAACACGACAGCCAGAGUGGCGGUCGUCAUCAUCCACGUUCUCAAAUGAAGACUCACGACACCAAAAACAACACAAUCGACAUGAACAACAACAACGUUAAUGACAUCAUCGACAAUUCCCAUGUACAACGACCUCUGAAACUUCACCUCAAAAUUCCUCCACCCUUCUCACCGGAGUCAUCCUCCCCUCAACCCGGCUCACCUACGUCAUCAUCAUUAUCAUCACCGGUUUCUUCAUCAAUACCAUCACCAUCGUCAUCUUCUUCUUCGAUCCCUGACAAAAUUUUGAACAUGGCGGGAAGGUGCGCUCCCGACAAGAACCCCUGGACCUACCUGGUCGAUCGGAGCAUCAUAGAGGAACACAGCAGGAGGAUUAGGAGGAAUAUAAUGAAGCGCUGCAGCAACAAAAAUCAAAAUGUCGAACUUGGCAAACCAUCCACCCCGGACACACCGACACCUUCCAGUUGCAAAAACAACAGCAACAACAGCAACGAUGAAGACACGCCUCUAGAAACAUUCAUUUACGCGGGGAGGAAGAAUCCUUCAAAAAAAUUCUCGAAGUUGGAGACGACCAUGAGGAGGAUUGCUCUGGUUGAAGAAGCCAGAAACAGUGAGGAAUGA